CAGUUGUCCGUCAUCCAGUCCGCUGUUGUUUGCAAAUAUCUUGUGCUCGAGCGGAGAGGAGGAAGUGGCGAGUUGAAGGACGAGGACUGUUGAUUUCACUGCUGCUGAAAACAAGUGUUUGUUCGCAUCGCGAGGAAUCCUUUUUAUCGCUUUUAUUUAUUGUUUGUCGUCUGAAAACGUAGCUGUUCAUAGUUUAUUCUUACACAGACGUAGAAGUUCGGGGGAAAAUGGAUGUUUUACCAAUGUGUAGUAUUUUUCAAGAACUUCAAAUAGUUCACGACACGGGCUAUUUCUCAGCAUUGCCGUCCUUGGAGGAGUACUGGCAGCAGACCUGCUUGGAGUUGGAGCGCUACCUACAGAGCGAGCCUUACGUCUCCACGUCCGACCUCAAGUUCGACAGCCAGGAGGACCUUUGGAGCAAGCUGAUUUUGGCCUGCGGGGAUAAGCCCAAGGCCGAAUAUGACCCGAGGCUGCCCUCGGCCCACGAGGAGGACCAUCAGGACAGCCACAUCUUGGACAGCAACAGUGUGAAUUCGGACGCCAGUAGCGAGGCUUCAGACAGUUCAGAGGAGCUCUCGCCCAUGCACAGCUUUACCUCCAACCCUUUGGGUUCUGUCUUGGUGGGCUCUGGACCUUUUAGCCCUUCUGUCAUCAGCACUCCCCCGUCCUCUCCGGAGGCCACGCCGGAGGCUGGGGCCGUCGUGAACGGCUGGGUGGCCUCGCACGCCGAGCUGCACUUGCCAGUGAAAAUCAGGAGCAGCGGGACAACGGCGGUGGCGGCGAAGGGUUCGGACAAGACUGGACUGUGCGGGGAGGCGUCUCCGGACGGCCGGAGGAGAGUGCACAAAUGUCACUUCAACGGGUGCCGCAAGGUUUACACGAAGAGCUCGCACCUAAAAGCACACCAGCGCACUCACACGGGUGAGAAGCCGUACAGGUGCUCGUGGGAGGGCUGUGAGUGGCGCUUUGCGCGGAGCGACGAGUUGACCAGACACUUCAGGAAGCACACGGGGGCCAAGCCAUUUAAAUGCAAUCACUGUGACAGAUGCUUCUCCAGGUCUGACCAUCUGGCUCUUCACAUGAAGAGGCACAUCUAAAGCAGGACCGGCACCAACCAAGCAACACGAGGGGAUUUUUUUUUUUUACCUUUUUUUUUUUCUUAGAAUGGGAAAAAAAAAAACCAUCAAACGCCAUCUCCCGACCAGUCUCUUGGUUGAACUGUCCCAGAGCAGAGUGGCGGGAGUGUGUUCCAGCCAAAGCAUGCCGUUUUGCACCGUACUGAGAACCCAGUGCCUCCGGACCCGUCCUUUUAUGGAGAGGGGUGCUCUGAAGGUUGACUGUCGCAACAAGAGGACAAAAUCAUGGAUCGGGUGGGGGAAGGAAAAAAAAAAGUUUUCAAUUAAUGACACAAAAAAGAGCGAAGCAUAAAGAGUGAAUGAAACGUGCGUAUGGUGCAUGAUGUUUUGGGGACGUCUCCCACGCAGCAGAUACACUGGUACUUUACAAACCUGUCUGAUGUAAGCAUGGUGCACUGUGAAUGUCUGAUUGGCUGACCGGCCCCCCCACUUAGAGGAGCGAAGGAAGAAGAGGUGGAUCGGUGUUGGGGCUGGUACCAAUGUUGCUGUGGACCGAGUGAGUUUCUGGGGGGAACAUUAUUCCUGCUGUUUUCCCAAGUGGCAGUGUGAGGACAAGUCUAGCACCCUGACUCUGAAAUGGGGGGGACGAUGCUUCUCUAGUCGAACCAGAGAGAGAAGCAUGUCACCAUCUGGUCUGUAACCCAGGGGUUGAAGAACACCCCUCUCCCUCCAUCAGGUCACUAUGACAGGAGCUUCGUUUGGUAAUUUUCUUUAUUUUUAUUUUUUGGUGCAGCUACUAAAUGUGCAAUGUGUUAUGUAGCCUGGUUUAUAAUUUUUUACAAGCUACAAAGCUCAUUUUCUAGUCCCGACUAUAAGCUGUGUGCUUAGGGGUAUAACACGACUAUACUAUAACUUCCGUAUCAUAGACAGGUGUUGCAUGGUUCUAGGGUUUCUUCAAUUCCAGUUUCCACUGUAAUCAGGACUGCAAAUAGUUUCAAUAAAAGUGCAGCUAAAACGGUUAAAUGUUACAAUGUUGUACAUAAAACCUUGAUUUUUUUUCUGUUUUCACAUUUGCAUCUAUCUCUUGUUCCGGUUUCCUUUUAAUGUGUA